AUGGACUCUGCUGCUUCUCAUGACCUAGAGAAGCCACUCCUUGUCGAUGAUUUGCCGGUUCUGAAAAGAAGGAGUCAUGCAAGAGAUGUUCAUAUUCUCAGCUGUGCCUUCUUGUUGAUCUUUCUUGCUUUUGGUGCAACUCAAAACCUAGAGAGCACUCUCAUCACUGAGAAGAACUUGGGUACCACUUCUCUUGGAAUUUUGUAUCUAUCUUUCGCAUUUUUCUCUUUGGUGGCAUCCUCAGUGGUUCGAGCACUGGGUUCAAAGAACUCUUUGAUCCUUGGCACCACUGGCUACUGGUUGUUCAUAGCUGCACAUUUAAAACCAACUUGGUAUAUAAUGGUUCCAGUUUCUCUGUACCUAGGAUUUGCCUCUGCAAUAAUAUGGGUUGAGCAGGGGACAUAUCUAACUGCUGCGGCACGCAGUCAUGCCAGAGAUAAUGGCUUGCAUGAAGGAACAAUUAUUGGCAACUUCAAUGGAGAAUUUUGGGGAAUGUUUGCAUGUCGCCAGUUUGUUGGAAAUCUUUUACCACUCGUCUUGCUAAGGGGUGGAACGGAGGGAAAUCCAAGCGAUACGACGCUAUUGUUCACUGUGUUUCUCUGCAGUAUGACCUUAGGUACCAUACUAAUGUGCUUCUUAAAUAAAAGGGAUGAUGAAUUAGAGAAGGACCCCCAUAAUGCUGAAUGUCUCAGCUUAUACCCUUCUCUGUCAUCUUUGUCAAAGUCAAUCGUCGCUCCCUUGUUUGAUGUACGGAUGCUAUUGAUCAUUCCCCUUAUGGCCUAUACAGGAUUACAACAAGCAUUCGUAUGGGCUGAAUUCACCAAGUAUAUCGUUAGUCCAAUGCUCGGUGUGUCUGGUGUGGGUGGUGCCAUGGCAGUUUAUGGGGCUUUUGAUGCAGCAUGUUCACUCACUGCCGGCCGCCUUACCUCCGGUCUCAAGUCCAUCACUCUUAUCGUUUCUGGCGGAGCUUUUGUUCAGGCUGUCAUAUUCCUCUGGCUUCUUCUAUGUUACAGCCCAUCAAGUGGAAUACUUGGAACCAUAAACCUUCUCAUAAUGGCAGCUCUAUUAGGGAUUGGUGAUGGAGUUUUCAACACACAGCUCAGUGCUCUGAUUGGAAUAUUCUUCAAGGACGAUACGGAAGGAGCAUUUGCACAGCUCAAGGUGUGGCAGUGUAGUGCUGUUGCACUCAUCUUCUUCAUCAGUCCAUACAUCUCAUUGCAAGCAAUGCUGGUGCUUAUGCUGUCUGCAAUCUGCCUCUCGUACGCCGCCUUCGUUUACCUAUCCCAGAAAGGAGAGAAAGCACUCUCACUUCAAGUUCAGGUUCAAGUUCAGGCUCAGGUUCAUGAUGUGUGCACAUGA